UUGUGAUUGUGUGUGUGGUGUGAUGAGUCAAGGAGGGAAAUCCCGCAUCAACUAAGUAAUACUAAAUGGGCGCUCAAGUCAAGUCAAGAAGUGUCCAGUGUGUUCGGCAAGACCUCUAGCCCCUUGAAACCUGUCAUAGGAUGUCAUACUUUUCUGCAAAAUGAACGAAUUUUGGAGAGAUAACUAUUGGGUUGCUGUAGUGAUUGCAUUGUCAGGAGUUGUCAUCAUACUAGUCAUCAUUGCGGCUGUCAUCUGCUAUCGGCGUCACUCCAGAUAUGAUUAUACUCCUCUACAAGAAUAUUUAUCACUCCCAGCAAAGCUACAGAAAGAAAAAAAGAUGGAAAGAAACACAAUAAGAGAAACAGCAUUGUUGAACUGUCAGUUUUAUCUCCGGGCCCAUGCUGGAAAGUAUACCUUUAUUGAACAACUACCAGACUUGGGGAGUCGUGUGGACAGACAUUGGUUUCUUGUGCGUUACAGAUCACAAAGUAAAAACAUGCUUCUUAGUGUAUGUAACCGAGCAACAAACUGCUCUAUACCGUUUAACAGCAAUACGCAUAAAGUGUUACGGGAGUUGCUAAAGUGUAUUAAGCAUCCCUAUGUAUGGCCGGUUGUAGAUGUCGAUCUACUGGAAGAACAGGAGCUUGUUGUGCUGAUACAGAACUACAAUCCAAAAGGAUCUUUGAAAGAUUACAUCUAUAAUGAAAGACCUGAGAGAGAUUGGGAUUGCAAGUAUGGUGUGAAGGGUCGAGGUCUAGCUAUCAAAGAGAUUCAAAUGUUUGCCAGACAAAUUCUGGAGGCACUGCUUUAUCUGCAGGAGGGAGGACUGCCACAACAUUGCCAUGUACAGGCAGGCAAUGUCAUCCUCGAUAAAGGCACUUGCAAAUUAUCAGGGUAUGAAAACAUUCUUCUUGGGCAUACCUCUCGACUCUUCCCCAACCUGUGCAAGAAACUCAAGCAGAUCCCACAAGCUUUUGACACUAUUGCCUUUGGUCAUUUGGUUUAUGAGAUGGGAGCUGGUUCAGCCCUGGAGGAUACAGUGAUUAUACCUGAUAGGACACACUUUAGACUAUUGAAACACCAACAAGUUGUUCAGGUCCUGGAAUUUAUAUUUGAUGUAAACGAAACCUAUCCAAGUUUAAAAGAGGUUGUGGAGCAUGAAUUUUUUCAAAAUAUUAAACUGAAGGCUCUUGAAAGGAAACCAGCAACUGAGAUUCAGCUAACGUCUGCAAUGAGAUCACUCCUUAAGGCAGUCAAGAAGGGUCGUAUUCUCAAGAGUCGAUCAUUUAGACCAGCAUCUUCCAAACAUACAAGGCCAAGACGUUCAUCUCCACAGCCAUCUCUUGAAAGCAAUCAGGCAGAGACAACCCUAUCCACAGAGUCACAUCUUAACAACAUCCCACCUCCUACCAAUGAGACUAGGAUCAGCCCCAGCAUUCAUUCAACCCAUCCUGUUAUUCCCCCACCCCCUCCUCUGAUGACUGUAAAGGUGAUUACUUCUAAACCUAGCCAGCUAGAUGUUCCAUCGGUCUCCAGAGAAAGGAGUGCUCUUCUUAGUGAUAUUCAAAAAGGCACCGCUCUUAAGAAAACAAGUAGAAUUGAAAUGGCAUGAAAGGCUUAUGCGGAUUGGUUUUGUGAUAUAGACUAAAAUGUUUUCACUCGUCUUUCCACUAUGCAUCAAGCAAAGUCAAUAAUCAACUAUGCACAUGUCUGUCUGUAACUUAUGCCUUAAAAUCAUUCAAAAUGUGACACACAGUUGUCCCUUUUUAAGGGUACAUAAUGCACACACAAAGGUGUGGUGUACAUUAUGAGUUGUUUAAGAGAAAAACAAAUUAAUGAAAGAGAAAAAUAUCUUCAAAAUGUUUUAUACUUUGUGUAGAACAAUCAUUUAAUAAACUAAAAUGAGUAGUAGUACCAAUUAUUGUUAGUGCUAACGAGAUUAGAAUGAUUGAGCUCCCUUGCACCAAAAAUGCUUGCAAAGCAUUGUCCUUCUGGCCACAAGGACCCAAUUUCAUGAAGCAUGUAAGCACACAAACUCACUAUAAAGCUCAGAAAAAUAUUGCUGAACAGAAAAUGCUUACCAGCUCAAAAAGUCCAUCUAUCCCUUGUGGGAGUGUGCCGAGUUCCCUUGAUCAUUAAAAACAAAAACUAAAAAAAACAACAAACUUUA